UAUACUUCAGUCAUUUUCCACUUCAUCCACUGUCCUGAUGCUACAAUCACGUGUCUUCUAUUGCACCUUAGCUUCAGAUCACCCUUCCUCUCACUAUAGCUCAUGUUCCUCUGUAUGUUGAUCACAUUAAUACCGGGUUGAAUGGGAUAAAAUACUUUCUAAAAUGAAAUUGUGCCUUGACUGCAGCCGUGCACAGCAGCCUCUCAUAUCCUGUCUAUUGACUGAGACUGAGAGCAGAAAGUAGCUAAUUAUAGAUAGUUGUGAGGUCCUUCACCUGCACAAUAGAUUGAAAUGUGUGAAAUAGAAAUGUGUAAUGAGCAAACUGAAACAAAGAAGAAAAUCACUUUUUGCCUUGGUCCCAAGAUAAUAGGCAGCGGCUGUAUAAAUCUUUAAAUCCAUCAGCUCCUAAUACCAACUAUAUUGUUUCCAAUUUGAACAGAUACAGUAGUGUAGACUUUAAUAAUCAGACAACAGCUUAGUAGAGGUUGAACCACCAUUUGUCAUGUGUGAAACUACAGUACAUCUUCAACUUUCAUAUCCUUAUUCUUCAGUUGUACUCUGUAUUGUCUGCUUUUACAUGUAAAAGAUGAAAAGGCUCCACUGCAUCAAAGCAUCCAGAUACAAGAGGUUAGGGUUGUUUUUGACCACAAGAAAUGCUGUUAGCUUUAGGUCAACCUGACAUGUCAUCUCCCUCUAACGUCACUGUCACAGGGCCCGCGCUGCUACGUUUACUCCUAGAAAUGUGAGGCACAUUGGCUUGUAAGAUCAAAUCAAAUGUACUGUAGAAACUCGGAAAGGCAGGAUUACUGUUGCCGUACAGUAAUCCUGCUCUAAAUAAAUGGACAGACUCCAAAAGCAACACUCUUGUGUUUUGGAUCAUUGAUUUAUGUUUCAAAGUCAGAGGGGUUAGAACAAAGUCAGUGGCCAAAAUGAAUCCAAAUCUGAGCAGUUUGUUUUGAUCUGACGGAGCCGUGGAGGCUCUCAUCAUCACUGCUAUGUGUCUGUGUGUUGUUUUGGUCUAUCUAUUUCAGACUGUCUCCAUUGUGUUUACUCUGGAGUUGUGUUUUCCUUUGUGCUUCACAUGUUCAUUGUCGACGCUGUAUUUCACUUUAACCAUAAUUGACAUCCCAACCACACUAUAUUACGAAUGUGUGGGCAGUUGGGACACCAUCUGGAAAUAGGAAUUAGUAAAGAGAAUGAUUUAGUUUUAAUUGAUAGCAGGGAGAAAAUAUGUUUGAAUUGUCUGUGCUUCUUUUCAUUCACUUAAGUAAUUUGCUGAAUGUUACUUUUCCUCUGGUAGACUUUGUUGUAAGUAUGGUUUCAUUUGAAAUUUGAAUAUGCCAUACUGUAGUUCAGAUGUUUUUAUUUUGCUAACUAGCCAUAUAUGUAUGUAUAUAUAUAUAUAUAUAUAUAUAUUUUUUUUUUUUUUUUUUUACAUUACUUGCAUAGAGUAUUUUAUGUGUAACUACUAGCCUAUACUAAAAUGACCCUUGGUGUAGUUUUGUGUUGGAGCUUUGUCUGCAGUAUUACUGUUCAUGGUCUGUUUGCCUUUCUGUAACUGUAAAUGGUAACAUCAGUGGGUCCAGGGUAAAGCAACUUGUUAUUGGGACAUAUGAGGUUUCAUUGAAAGUGAAAUGACUGACAUUGAGCAGUUUUCCAUGGGAUCUGGUUCCCACUUUUUCCAAUAGUUGAGUAUAAUUACUGACCAUAGAGAGAGAGAGAGAGAGAGAGAGAGAGAGAGAGAGAGAGAGAGAGAGAGCAGCAGAGUGGUUGUUUAUUUAUUGAUGCUAAGCCUGCUAAGGUUGGGGCACUGUGAAUAAAAAGCGGUUAAGUGGCCCUGAACAUACAGCUGGUGGUAAAAGACAGCAUGCAGUCCUCCAUCUCUCUCACUUGUGUGUUUUUAUCUCUGUCUGACAACACGGCUGACACAUUCAAUGCGUCUGUCUCUUCACUCGCCCUCUGUGGUCGCACACCUGAGGUGCAGCAGAUUGAGUUUCACUGACCUCCUGCCUCUUCUUCACAAACUCCUUUCCUUCGAGCCGAUCAGUAUUUCUCCUUCUCAUCUCUCUCACCUCCCUCCCUCUCUGCAGCCUAUUUUGUGAACCAGAAAGAGGAGCUGAUUGGGUUUCUCUCCUCUACAGACUGGCCUGUCUCCCUCCCAGUGGCCUAGACUCUGGCGGGGUCAGGUUGCUCUGAGCCAGCAACAUUCAGUCUAGGUCACAGACAACAAAAUGUUUCAUACCUGGUAGCCAAAACUUUUUUUAUAUUAUUUUAAAGUAUGUGGGCAGUGUAUACCUCUUUUCAUGUUGGAGUCAGGUGCGCUCAGAGACUGUCUGGUCUAUUUAUAAUGGGUUACAACCUGUGGCCACAUGAGCUCCCCUGCAGCACCUGCCCAUACAGUCCCUGCUGUGGAGGCCCCAAUGAGUGUAAUUAUCUGUAAUUUCUUUUCCUUUGUGUGCGGCCUGCCUGUGUUUGAUGUCUGUUGCAGUGAUUCCUCCUCUUAUUAUUUAUCAAACGCCUGUUUUGUUUUCAUGUGUUUUCUUUCCAAGUUGGUUGAUCCCCUGACCUCUGCCUUUAUCAAACAUCAUGCAUAUUCAUGAGACAGAGGACCACAUAUUUAGUAUCCCUAAAUUAGAGGCCAACCCUCCCACAUGUCUCCAUCCCUGUCUUCUGAGUGAAAUGAAAGAAACAUCUUUGUGUAUCGGCUCCCAAUUGUACAUGUGUGCAUUUAAAAAACAUAAAUCCAAUCUAAUACUUGUAUAAUUAAUCAAUUUGAUCUUUCUUUUCUUAUAUAAAUGAUCUUCUGCAUCACUAUCAGAACAGAAGAAAAUACUGAUACUUUCUCAGUUUCCUUCCUAGAUUUAUCUUUGCUGACAGAUGUAAUUAAUAUUUUAGAGGGAGGAUCUUGUAAUCCCAACAGAGACAUGGGCAUUACAAGAGAAAGAGUGAGGUGCCAAAAAGCAAACAAAUCUGAUCCUCCCUAUCUUCUCUUGGGCUAAAACAUGAAGUUGCUACACAUGAUGUAUAGGACCAAAAAGUUGUCAUAAACUUUAGCUAUUUCAGAGAUUCUGUAUGUUUAGUAGGUCUCCCGCCAUUCAAGCUCUAGUGCAGUGCACAUUUCAUUUCCGACCCCUGCUUAGUUUUCCUGUAACUGGACGCCAGGGCUGAUUAAUAAAACAUCCGUUGUGUGCUGCUGGCUGAUCACCGGAGCCCUUUCAGCUGUAUAAGUGGUGAAAGGCGACAUAAUCUCCCCAGAACAAGAUCUGGACUGAGAUUGAGGCACACAAAACAGAGAAAGACACACAGCGGGAGGACCACAAAACCUUUUGGGAGCAGCAUGUUAAAACCCCAGCAGCACGGUGAGCUUCUCCUGCACGACCCGCCGGUUUUUGGGAAGCCGUGGUACUGGCAGCGCAGCAGCAGCGCCAUGGCGAGCAGCCGCAGCCUGGCGCACGUCAUCCUGGAGAUGCGCGAUGAAAUCAAGAAGCUGGAAACGGAGAACCGAGAGCUGCGGGGAGACUACGGUCAGCGGUCAUUUAGGGCCAUGCCAGGAGAAGCCAGCCCGGUGUUUUCAGCAGCAGAGCAGCGGGCGGGAAUGGAGGAAAACCCGUAUGUAAGCCUGAGGCGAAAUGCGUCUUUGCCAGUCCUGGAGGGACCAUAUAAAGAGGACGGUGUCAUGACUGUACGAAGGUACUCCAUAAGCUCCAACCUGUCUGGUGUGACCAUGACAGAGGGAAGGACUGACAGGGCACAGCUGAGUGACUCUGGAUGGGGAAGAUUACAGGAAGAGAUCCAGCAGGGGAAUAGCAUCUUUCGUAACUCUGCCAGAGGAGAAGUAGGACAAGUUACCAACAGGCACUCCCUACAGGAAUAUGUACACAAAAACAGGGCCAAGGUAAAAACUGUCACAUUCCUUCUACCUGUGGAUGAUAUUUACACCAACCGGCCAGCUCUGACCAAACACCAGGAGGAGCCUAAAAUCACUGAGCUGGCUUCCAUCACUGAGACAGAUUCCUGAGAGAAGCAGCACUUUUACAGACUUAGGAUGUGGCCGUGAUGAGACAAAAAUGCACACAUGAACCGAGCCUCAAAACAGGUUAGCCUCUUCAUUUAGGUCCGUGUUGAUUGGGCUCUUAAUGAGUGAGCCAGCGGACCGAUUUUAUCACACCUGACCACACAAACAGAAGACUCUGGUUACAGGUGUUGUUUUCAUCCGGCCAUCGCAAUCCAGGCCCGGUUAAAAGUGAUAAGACACGGGGCCCUCUGCAGCGAGGAUCAGAUGUCUGGACUCCUCUCCCAACCUGGGGUGUCGUUUCAGAGUAAGACACACACCUGCAGGUGACGGCCCUUUUACGGACAGUUGUGGUCACUAACUCAGGCCUCGUGAGCAAUAUCAGACUCAAUAGUUAAUCAUCUUUGUUUCUUUUCACGAUGUAAACUGAAAUGGGUAGUCAAGGGGCCACAUGUGUGUUUCAAUGUGUCCUGUUUCUUGUGUUCCUAAAGUGUGUAUAUAGCACACAUCACACACUGUAGUGUCAGCUUUCGUGUAUGGAAGGCUCCCUGUAAAUAUACCAGUGUUUGGCAUAUUAAUAUGAAAAUUUAAGUAAGGUCCCUUUAACAGUCAUUAUAAGCUAUUACAUGUGAUAAUAUGCAGUGUUAUGAAUUAUGUUUGGCACAAUUUAAGAAGCUCAUUUAUUGUAACCAUUAAAUCUCAAAAUAAAUAUAUUUGAGUAUUUCU